UAGAAGCAUAUUAACCAGUUAAGUACCUAGUCAGCUAGCAGUUAUAAAGCACCUUAGCCAUAUCAAGAACUUGUUAAAAAAAAAUAAAAAAAAAGAAUCAUUGUAUAAUAUAUGAAAAUAGGUGAACAGAAAGUGAAUGUCGACAAAAUAUAAUUUAGCUAGAUAUCACAUCUGUUCAACAUGGAAGAUGAAAAUACAUUCAAACAGUGGAAGAAGCAGUGUCUAAACAAAAUCGACUUUAGUAGAAAGGGGAGUAUAGACGACGAGAUUUCUAGUAUUGUAGCGUUCAUAAAUAGUUCUGAGCACUACUUUACCACAAGUUCUUGUUCUGGAAGAAUCGUCCUUAUUGACGGGGUGUCCGACUGCAUCGAUAUGCAAAAGCAAAACUGUACCUGGUUAUUUCUAACUCACAAUAAGUGUAAGAAGGAUGAUGUGGUCGCAAGUUUGGGAAAGUCUUCUGGAGAUGCUGUCUUUAAGUUUGAGCCUUGUGUUCUUCAUGUUCAAUGCAAACAAUUAGACGACGCAAAACUCCUGCACACUGUCGCCAUAAAUGCAGGUUUUAGGAAUUCUGGAGUGACUGUUGGAAAAAGAGGCAAAAUCAUUACGGCUGUGCGCAGUACCCAUUGUCUUGAAGUUCCUCUCAGCCAAAAAGGGCAAAUCCUGGUUUCUGAAGAAUACAUUGAUUUUCUUGUUGCAGUUGCUAAUAAUAAAAUGGAAGAAAAUCUCAGAAGGAUAGGAAGGUUGUAUGAUUGCCUGACAAAGACCUUGGGACCAGAGGAAGUUAAAAGCCAAUUAAAGGACAGACAGACAGAUCAAAAAUUUGUCUACAGGAGGCGGCGAAAAAGAAUGCAAGACAGCGGAACAGAGUGUAGUAUUAAAAAGAAGGAAAGUGAUUUGGAGGAUGAGCUGGAAUGUGAUCUGUCAUUGUUUUUAUAGAACUCUCAAGAAUCCCUGGGUUAGAACUCCAAUGACUUCACUGAAAGAGUAAGCAUCAUAACUCCUCAUCAUGCAAAUGUGUUUAAUGACUGUCUAAUGUAUACUUGUUGUUUUUCAAUAACAAUCAACAACAACAAUUAACAAACCGCACGUUAUUGCCUUUCUUCUGAGAUUGCAUGUAAACCUUUGUGGAGAGCCUCUCAUAAAUAAUCAUUGUAAUGAAUAUAAAUAGUCAACAUUCUCAAAAAAGGCUCAAAUCCACUUUAAAGAAUAUCCAUUUUAUACAAAGGGGUGCUGGUGUUAAGCAUGCCUUUAAUUGCCUUUUUUCUCUGCAUCAGUGUUUCUAAAUAAGCUGGUGUUAUUUCGAAAGCCCUUGUGUAUGUGAAUGGUACAUGCAGCUCAUUUCCCUGUGAUGAGGGUAGACAGCAGGUACUGGUGGCCCAAUGAGGAAGCUGACCACAUUCGUCAUCUCUGCCAAAGCAUCAUUUGGGCCCUCCAAAGAAACAAGUGUGGUUUGGAAGCACAUUUCCUCAGGAUUAGUUGCCAGUUCUCUGCCCUGUGAUGCCUCAUUUGGGAGAUUUGCCUCAUUAGCAAGUCCCUCCUCUACCAUAUGGAUGAGUUUCUCUCAUGAUACACUCUCUCCUCUCUAUUUGGUGUUCACUUUUAUGAGGCACAUGUGAAAUGGUGAUAAAUUGUUUAUAAAACUAUAUUGUACUCCACAUUGCUAUACAUCAUUUUCAGUACUGGGUGGUAAUCGAUGAUGAGCUUGCUCUGCAUGAAAGGUAAGAGGUCUUGUGAAAUGAUUAUUUCUUAUUAGCCCACAGCGAGAGAGGUCAGAGGUAAGGACUGGCAAGAGUUUCACAAAUUUAUAUUUCUAUUCAGACAGUUGGAGUUGAUAUUGCGUGUGGAAUAACGUUUGGUGUUCAAAGGGUUUAUUUGAGCAGAAACGUGCAUUAAGCCUGAUGUGGAUCGUGUAAAUAUGUACAGUAACUCACCACUAGAGGGGGUUAAUGUGCUUUCACAAAGAUUGAUUUUGCUACCCUUUGGUUCUUAAAUUUAUAGGGAGGCGCAUGGAAGAGUUUGUAGGAUGCUCUUAACCGUAAUAAAAAUAUACUAGGAAGUUAAUGUUUGAAUCUGCGUCAUUUCCCGAUUUUAUGAUUUGUCUAACAAAAUGGACAGAAAAACCUGCGGACUAGUAGCGGGGUCUGCUUGGAAGUAUACAAAGCGAUCUUACAACCGGAGUGAGCUACGGUGACCUGGGUUAAUGACCAGUUCAUGAACAUUUCGAAACCCUACAUGUAAAGAUUUAAAUGUAAAGAAAUCGUGUAAAGAUUCUUAGUAGUGUUAUACAUAUGUGAUUGAACAUUUAUUGCUGUGGAUAUUUAAUUCUCAGGUCCAAAAUAAAAUCGAAACAUUCGUUUUUAUCCAUUUUAAUUUAUACUUCAUCAUGAAAACAUAACGGCACACCUACGAUAGACAUUGCUCAUAAUUAUUACAGCAGCAAAUAUAUUUUAGUAGGCUACAGUAGAAUUUGCUCCCUGGAGACCUAUCAAAACUAUGAACUAUAAUUUGCGGUUUUGCUUUUUAAAUAUUUAAUUUGUAAUGUUACAUCAGGAACGACAAGAGAAAAUUUUAAAUUCACGUGCCCUCAGUGAAAGUCCCCACGUUUUACAAGCAUUUUGAAGUAUCGAUACCCUAUUCUCCCUUCGCAAAACUGUGAUGUCCGCAGGACAGUUCAAAUCACCGUGCGACUUCCCCUGGACAAAAAAGCCCGCUCUCUAAUGACAAUCUUAAAACAACACCAAUUAGCCACCUGAUAGACUGGAGUGAUUAGAAAUCUCGUCCAAUUAUUACGGCGUAUUAAAGCUGAGGGGAAAAGGAGGGCUGUCUGAUUGGCAGGCUGAGCUGAAGGAGC